AUGUCUCUCUUGCUCUCAAGGGAAGAACAGGAGGAGUUAGCUAGGAGUAAGAAAAAAGUUAAGGAUGUAAAACAUGCAGGUUUUAGUGAAGGAAACGAGUCGGGCUCCUCGUCACCGGUCAAAGGUCUCGGUCCUUGGAAUCAGAGUAUGUCUUUUAAAGACAAACUUGUUGGCGAGAUUCCAGGUGCGUAUAUUCAAGCCUUCAACUUUGAGGAUCUAAUGGAGGAUGAUGUUGAGUCGGAUGAGGAGAUAGAAACGCUUAGGCAGGGGCUGGUUGCUGUCAGGUUCUCCAAGGAAGAAAAGCAACAGAUUCGAGAUCCAUGGGCUAGAGCUUUAAUAGUCAAGGUGUAUGGGAAAUCAGUGGGCUUCCAUUUUCUCCAAAGUAAGCUGCUCUCUUUGUGGAAACCAGCGAGUAGGAUGGAUUGUGUGAACAUGGAUUUUAGGCCUUCGUCGGCAAACGUCUCCUCAGUUGCAAUUUGGGUAAGGCUAAAUGAGCUUCCUAUAGAGUAUUAUAAUGCUGAGGCAUUACAUAGGAUUGGCAAUGCCAUUGGCAAGGUGCUUCGGGUAGAUACAUUCACUGCAUCUGAGACUAGAGGCAGGUUUGCUAGAUUGUGCAUUCAAAUAGAUGUUGAGCAACCGUUGGUUACGGCCAUUCUUCUUGGGAAAGUUGAACAACCUGUUUUGUAUGAGGGAAUACAGAAGCUAUGCUUUGGAUGUGGGAGAUUGGGUCACCAACGUGAAGUUUGUCCAUAUACUAUCCGGCAAAGUUCACCGACGAGGGAAGCGGAGACGGGGAUGGAAGAUAAGGGAGAUGAGCAUGCACACAAUGAACGUGAUCAGAGCAAGUCAGCUGUGGAGGUGGGACCUAAGGUAGUGCAGAAGGAUGUGCCAAAAAAUGCUCAGGAUAGUACAUAUGGGUCGUGGAUGGUGGUAGCACGGAAAAAGAAUGGGGCAAGAAUGUACAGAAGUAGUGGGGACCAUGUGGGACAGACAGAGACACAAGAUUUUAAUAGUAACGGUAAGCAUGUAGUGGAUGCCAGGGAAAGAUAUGUGCUGGGACGGGAGGAAAAUUUGAUUGGGCAAAGCAGAGAGUCCAAAAGGAAAUUUCCACUUGUUAGAGUAGUAGAGAAAGCCCAAAUGCUGAAUGCUAUUCAAAGUAUAAGCAAUAAGCCCGUGGGACAGGCCCAGCCCCCUUUAAACCAAAAUGCAAGCCCACAUGAAGUUGUUAAGCCCACACGGCAUGCUUCAAUGAAAGGCAAAAGAGCCUUAGCUCGUCUGAAGGAGACAAAAACUCAUUGUAAGGGCGCUGAUGAAAAUGGGAAAGCAUAA